AUGACUGAAGACUUUCAGAACCAGAUGGACCCUGACGUUGAUGCCCCAGAAGAGGGAUCUGAUGGGCCCCAGAAUACCUCUAAUUUGACUAUUCGACGAGCAGUUAGUGCCAUCUACACCCUAAACAGCCCUGUCCCUUCUCAUCUCUAUCCCCACGGCUCCUUAAAACUAACGGCUAUUCUUAGUGUGAUGCAUGUCGAACUCGCAAGUGAAAGAAAGAUCGACAUCAUUGACCGUAGGCUUGAGGCACUCACGGAGCUCAUGCGAGAUAUGAAGACCAACAUGUCACCUGCAAAUCCUCCCCAAUCAAACCAGACUACCAUUUCGCACUCUGAUAUUCCACGUCCAUCACCAGCUCAGAGUUCAGGUUCAGCACACUAUGGGCACCUUGCUCAACUGACUGCUGACAGCCCGGUUGUGGAGGGAGAAUCUUCCUUGGCUGCCCAUGGAGAAUUCGCAACUGAGUUCAUGAAAAACGCCGUUGGUACAGAGUCUCUGCAAGGCGCCAGCCUGGAGUUAAGAGAGACUCUGGAUUCGCUGCAUCAUAUUGUCAAUUCGCUAAAACAACAGACCGCUGCUACGGAGAUGUCUUAUCCAUAUGCCAGAUCAGUGCCUCGUCCUACAUUCAAGAAUGACCUGCCGCCGAUUCAAACAGCUGUUGCACUUAUACGGGAAUGCGAAACUGAAAACUCAGAAAUCUCAGCCUGGAUAAGGGAGUUCUUUUCAAUGGAGAGCUUUUCUGGAAUGUGUCUACAUGUCUACUUCUCAGAAGAUGUCGCGGAUGCUGAUUUCAUUCUUGUGAAUAUCGGUCUGAUGUACAUGUUCCAAGAUCGUCAACAACGAGUAACCGACAAGAAGGAACAUGAACAGAACGAAGAAUACACAAAAGCACUCCGAGAAAACACAGAAACAGCGCUGGCCAAUCUACCUUUCCAUCUGCCGGCUACUUCAAACAUGAUCUCUGCCCUGCUACUUGGAGCUUUCUAUGCUAUAGAAAUCUCGAAGCCUUCACUGUCAUGGACUUUGUCAUGCAAAGCAUCGGAGCUGUGUCAGACUCUGGGAUACCAUCGUACAUCAACCAUGAAGAACGACAAGCCUCGUGAGGCGCAGCGCAAACAGUUUCUCUUCUGGAACACGUACUUCAUUGACAAGAGUCUCUCCCUCCGUCUUGGAAGAGCAUCUACCAUACAAGACUGGGACGUCACUGUGCCUCUUCCCUCCGAGAAUCCCGUCAAUGCUACGCCAUUGUCUCCUUUUAUCUCACUUUGGAUCGCCACAGCUCGAUGCCAAGGUCAUAUAUAUGAACUUUUGUACAGUCCUGGUUCAAUGAAGGAGUCUGAUGAUGUAAGGAGGUUCCGCUCUCAGAAGCUAGUAGGCGACUUGCAAUAUAUUGAGAGAAGGAGCAAAGACCUUGCUAAGAACCGCGAAAAAGAAGUCAAGACUAAACUUGGGGAGUAUUUUAUAGACUUCAUUCUUAUAUCAGAUGACGUCCUCCGCUUGUCACUUCUCACCCUUGUUUAUCGAGCAACGCCUGCUCCUUCGGGUUCUCGAGUAACCUUUAUUCCGGAGUGCAUCGAGGCUGCACGUGCAACAUUACAGCGUCAUCAGGACUGCAUGGAUCUCCUGGGACAUGAUAAUGUGCUAUACUUCCCGUCCUAUGUUCACUGGACUCUCCUAUUCGCUCCUUUCAUCCCCUUCAUUGUAGUCUUCUGUCAAGUCAUUGAGACUCAAGACCAAACUGAUCUCGCUCGUCUACAUAACUUCUGCACGUCAGUUGAAACGACUAUAACUCUAUCAGACGCAGCGGCCAAAACGCACCGUCUGUUCCAAGUUCUCUAUACGGUAGCACUUCGCUAUAUUGAAUUCCGGACAACUACACCCCCUGCAGACCAGACGCAAGCAAGUGCUGAGCUCAACAACUAUCUUGCAGCACUUGGCUUCCCACCAACCGGCCUUACCAAUGGAGGGCAGCAACCUUCGCAGAUGGAUGCUACACAGGCAGGUUCUUUUUCGCAACCUUUGGGAGAUAUGGGAAUGCUGGAUGGUGCUGAAGGCCAGAGAGGAGCGAACACGAUGAUGUGGAUGGGAAAUACGGCACAGUUGGGUGAAUGGUUCAAUAGUAACCAGCAGAUGAUGGAAUUGCUCGAGGAGUCCAGCUUUACUUUUCCUCAAUAA